CAUCCUAAAACCCUCGGCCCAUGUCGCUCUCCACUCUCAACCACCCCGCCGCCACCGCCGCCGCCGCCACUGGGCGGCGGGGCAGGUCCUUGUCCCCGGCUGUCCCGGCGCCGCCCUCGGUCCGCCUGUCCAGGAGACGGCUUCCCGCCCCCGUCGCCGCGUCCGCGCUCGCGGUCGAGGCGGACGCCGCCGCGGAUAGGGUCUCGGCGCUCAGCCAGGUCUCCGGCGUGCUGGGGUCGCAGUGGGGCGACGAGGGGAAGGGGAAGCUCGUAGACGUGCUCGCCCCCCGCUUCGACAUCGUCGCGCGUUGCCAGGGUGGAGCAAAUGCUGGACACACCAUCUACAACUCUGAAGGCAAGAAGUUUGCCCUUCAUCUUGUUCCAUCCGGUAUUCUCCAUGAGGGAACACUGUGUGUUGUUGGCAAUGGAGCAGUGAUCCAUGUACCAGGGUUCUUUGGUGAAAUUGAUGGUCUUCAAUCCAAUGGAGUCAGUUGUGAUGGAAGAAUACUGGUCUCUGACCGAGCCCACUUGCUCUUUGAUCUGCAUCAGACUGUAGAUGGACUUAGGGAAGCUGAGCUAGCAAAUUCCUUUAUCGGGACGACUAAGAGAGGCAUUGGGCCUUGCUAUUCCAGCAAGGUCACUCGAAAUGGACUGCGAGUUUGUGAUCUAAGGCACAUGGACACUUUUGGUGAUAAGCUUGAUGUUUUAUUUGAAGAUGCUGCUGCGAGGUUUGAAGGCUUCAAGUACAGCAAAAGCAUGCUCAACGAAGAGGUUGAGAGGUACAAGAGGUUUGCAGAGCGUUUGGAGCCCUUCAUUGCUGAUACAGUUCAUGUGUUAAAUGAAUCUAUCCGACAGAAGAAGAAAAUUCUUGUUGAAGGUGGUCAAGCAACUAUGUUGGAUAUCGAUUUCGGAACUUAUCCAUUUGUGACUUCUUCUAGCCCUUCUGCUGGUGGAAUAUGCACCGGCCUUGGGAUUGCCCCUAGGGUUAUUGGCGACCUGAUUGGAGUUGUAAAAGCUUACACAACAAGGGUUGGCUCUGGUCCUUUCCCAACAGAACUACUUGGAGAGGAUGGGGAUGCUCUUAGGAAGGCUGGAAUGGAAUUUGGGACGACAACAGGUCGACCAAGACGUUGUGGCUGGCUUGACAUUGUUGCACUGAAAUACUGCUGUGACAUCAACGGGUUUUCAUCUCUUAAUCUGACAAAACUUGAUGUUCUGUCUGGGUUACCAGAAAUUAAGCUGGGUGUUUCUUAUAAUCAAAUCGAUGGACAGAAAUUACAGUCCUUCCCAGGCGAUCUUGACACCCUAGAGCAAGUGCAGGUCAACUAUGAGGUGCUUCCUGGCUGGGACAGUGACAUUUCUUCAGUUCGGAGUUACAGUGAGCUACCCCAAGCUGCCCGUCGUUAUGUGGAGAGGAUAGAAGAGCUUGUCGGUGUUCCAAUCCACUACAUUGGUGUUGGACCUGGGAGGGAUGCUCUCAUAUACAAGUAAAAGUAACUUGAUUUGGCACUGUACCGGACAAAAUAAUUCAGUCUUCAGUAGGCCGUGGGCAUUGCUGUGUCAGCAUAUGCCCCUUUAUUUGCCAUUGUAGCGGCAAUACAACUGGGAAGCUACUGGCUGUUGAGGUGAUGUAAUACCUGAAUAAUGAUUCGGGAAAUGACCCAAGGUAUCAGCAUAAGGAUGCAAUAUUAUUGUUUGGUACUCUGUAGUAGCAUUUGUCUUGUCUCCACCAAUGUUUUUGGUGGUAUGACUAAUGUUUUGCACUGAUUGUGAAUGCUUUCUUGUGGGCAGUC